CCUACGCUCAGUCUCAUUGGUCGGCUAGACUUUGAGAAGGGGGGAUGUGGCUUGGUCUUGGGCGUAUUCCUAUAUGCCGUAUAACAGCCCCGUGCCGCUCUUGACCAACGACCGAUUCCAUUGGCCAGUGCGCUUCGUGGGUGGGUAGCUCUUAUCGAUAACACCAGACUGGAAUUAGUGAGUAACACCCCGCGCUCCCGGUACGGCCAGACAGCGCCAUCCAGUGACCCGACCCUGCUGUCUUCCGACUUCAUCUAUGACUCUUCUUGUCACAACAUCUCCAGUCAGCCGGCGAGAGAGAGGCGCAGCAACCCUGAGGCAUUCGCUCUUAUUCAGUCAUCACUAUUUAGCUGGAAGAGACCCCGUCAGACAGUUGUCAUUGCUCCUGCCAACUUCAAUGGUCACUCGAAUGCCGAUCCGCAUGACCUCACCGUUACUGUUACGCUCAUAAUGUCGAGCCACCCGACGAAGGCGAUGGCGCAUGAAAAGCGCAAGGGAGAGUCGGCUCUGAACGACUUUGCCGAGUACGUUGAACAGCAGCAGAACCUCCGUUACCCAACCUCAAGAACCGCCACCACGGCUGCCUCCACCACGACCGAUCCCAACGACCAGCACCAUGCCGAACUUGACGAAUUGUUCGACAACCUCGACCUCGCCGACUCAGAACCCCGAGUCCCCCUCAAGGAACUGCUUCUGGGGGGGUCCGACGAGGCGUCGCUGAAGCAGCUGGAGGAUGUCAUCGCCGGGCGCGUAGAGGAGGGCUUUGGCGAGGCCGUAUUCGAGAUUGGGUUUGAGAACAAUGGUGACUCAAUGCAGUUGAGUUUGGACGAGUGGAACCGUGCAUACAAGACUCUUGAAGCCGCAGCUAGGCGGAUACGCGCCGAUUGCGACCUCCUGUUGACCAAGAAUGUGGGCGGUGACAAGGAGGGCGACAGUGCGAGCGAAAAAAUCUCCAAGGACAAGAGCUGCAGCGGAAAGAUCCUCAUCCGCCAGCGCCCCGCGAAUAUAGAAGAUGUUAUUGAGACCCGCAUAGCGGUGGUGGGCAAUGUCGACGCGGGAAAGAGUUCCAUGCUGGGCGUUUUAGUCAAGGGAGAUCUUGAUGAUGGCCGUGGAAAGGCUCGAGUCAAUUUGUUCCGUCAUAAGCAUGAGAUUGAAACCGGACGAACUAGCUCGGUCGGUAUGGAGAUUAUGGGUUUUGAUACAUUGGGACAUGUCAUUACCUCUGACAUCCCCGGGCGCAAACUCUCAUGGGAGGAAAUCGGCAAGCGAAGCGCAAAGGUCAUCACCUUCACCGAUUUGGCUGGUCAUGAAAAGUACUUGCGAACGACCGUCUUUGGACUGCUGUCUAGCAGCCCUAAUUACUGCCUGCUCAUGGUUGCAGCCAAUAACGGCCUCAUUGGAAUGAGCAAGGAGCAUCUCGGCAUCGCCCUAGCUCUGAAUGUCCCCGUUAUGGUCGUUGUGACCAAGAUCGACAUCUGCCCGCCCAAUAUUCUCGAGGAGACCAUCACGCAGAUCACCAAGAUCAUGAAGAGCCCGGGUGCGCGCAAGAUCCCUACCUUUAUCAAGAACCGCGAAGAGUGCAUCAAUACGGCGACGCAGUUUGUUAGCCAGCGCAUCUGCCCUGUCUUCCUGGUGUCGAACGUUACGGGUGAGAACCUCGAUCUCGUCCGUACCUUCUUAAACAUCCUCCCUCACCACGGACGAUACAACACUGAUGCUCCCUUCGAAUUUCAUGUUAAUGACACAUUCUCUGUCCCCUUCACCGGAACUGUAGUCUCGGGCAUCGUCAAGUCUGGAGUCAUUCACGAAGGGGACAGUGUUCUUGUGGGCCCGGAUUCCUUGGGACAAUUUACGCCAACAGCAAUUCGUUCCAUUGAGCGCAAGAGGAUACGAGUACCGGCCGCAUCGGCGGGGCAGUCAGCCUCGUUCGCUUUGAAGAAGGUUAAGCGCAAGGAUGUCAGGAAGGGCAUGGUAGUAUUGCCCAAGAUAGAAGGGCAGCCCGUUCCCAAGGUUCACCGAGAAUUUAUUGCUGAGGUCCUGAUCUUGUCGCACGCUACAACUAUCAAGACCAAGUACCAGGCCAUGCUGCACGUCGGCCCUGUCUCCCAGACCUGCGCCAUCAUCGACAUUGACCGCGAACUUAUCCGCACCGGCGACCGCGCCACCGUAGCCUUCCGCUUCGUCCAGCGCCCGGAGUACCUGACUCCCGGAGACCGCUUGCUCUUCCGAGAAGGCCGCACCAAGGGCCUCGGCAUUGUAAAGUCAGUAGGCUACGACCCGCAGCAUCCGCUAAUGCCCAAGACGGCGGACAAGGACGAGCAGAAGGCGCCGCAGGAAGUUCAAGUUGGGGCAUGAGUUGAGUCGUCAGGUCAGGCUUGGGCGCAAAGGGAAUUGGGUUGGAAUUAACAGCACGGUUGACGAUACCAUGAAUAGGGUUGAAGGAUAGCGGCGUUUAGGAUCCAGUCAUUUUGUUUUGGUAUUUUCUUUUCAGAAGCAUA